AUGUCAAAUAAUCGUAAAUCAUUCUCGAUAACAGAUGCUAAGAUCACUACAUCAUCAACUAGUGAACGUUCAACACAUCAACAACAAUUGUUAUCGUCGACAUCAAUGUAUAACACUAUUUGUCGAUUAUAUAUCGAAAAUCAACGUACUCCAAUAGUAGCUGAAAAAAUACAUACUUAUAGUAAUAUUCUCUAUCAAAUAUGGAUGAGACAACAGUUUAAUGUAGAUGAAGGAGAAAAAGUUUUAAAUUUUUUAGAAACAUUAUUGUUUGAUGCUAAAAUAGAUGAUCAAUUUUUAAUAAUCCUCGUAGAAACAUUAGCAAAAAAUCAAGAAUUUUUCAUUAAUCAUGUUCUUAAUCAUGAACGAUUAAAAAAAUUAUUUUCUCAACCAUUGAAAAAAGUGAUUUUUAUUAUGAGGUAUAUGGAAUUGUUAUAUUUUUAUACAUCAUCCGAAUAUUCUGAAAAACAAUAUAAUUUCUAUCGUUUUAUCAUCGAUUAUUUAUUUGAUUAUCUAAUUAAACACACACAAUAUGAUAUUGAUUGUUUAGGAGCAUUUUGCACUUUGUUAGCACGUUUUGAUGCUGUUGAAAAUCAUCAUCUAGAUCAAUCACUAUUUCGAAGUCAACAGCGACAAUUACAACGUCAUCUAAUUAUUUUAAAACGUCAACAUUUAUACGAUUUUUCUAUUUAUACAAUUGAUACAUUUUUGCAUCAUACGUUAAACAUCAAUAAUUCUAGAAGUUUACUCUAUCAUUUAAGACUCAUUGAUGAAAUCAAUAAAGUAUUAGUCAUCAUUUGGCAAGAAGUAUCGACUCCAACAACAACAUCUCCGAGUUUUACUGUAGUUCAGCAACCAAUUCAAAUCUUGGCUAUUGAACAUUUAUUUUUAGAACUAUCCAGUAUGAAAUGGACACAAACUCAUCCUACACAACAGUCAAUCUAUAAAACAACAUUUAGUUCAGCUAUUAUACCAUUGUUUGCUCAUAUUAAUCUAGACAUAGCCGAAUAUACAUUGAAACAAAUGUUUGCUGUUGAUAAAUUGACUGGUGAAAAACUGGCAAGAUUAAUCAAGCGAUUGAUUGAGCUUAUAUCAACGCCCGUUCAAUAUCUUCAACAUGUCAGAUAUGAAACAUGGAUUCAAGGAUUUUUUAUGGGUUUAAUAACAUUUAAUCAACAUUAUUGGGUAGCAAAAACAAUUGAUGAUACAUUGUUCUUUCUUUUAGAAAAAUUAUAUGUUGUUAAUACGCGUGAAAACGCUUUCCAAAUUAUUUCUUGGUAUAUUGACUAUGAUAAACGAUUAAAAACAUUUCAAACAGUUUUAAAAGUAUUACCAAAAUUAUUUGACAGUUUACAACAAGAAGAAAAUGAACAAUAUAAAAAUAGUGGUGGCACAUCAUCAUCCGCUGCACUUGAUGAUUUACGACCAAAAAUUGUUGAAAUGUGUCAUGUGGCAUUGUCAAUUCAUGAAACCUAUGAUUUUACAAACGAUCUCAUAUUGAGACAAAUUAUGCGAGGUUAUCCAUUACCUGAUAUGAAUAUUGUCAAACAACGUGUUAAUCAACAUAAUCAUUUUCAUUCGACAGAAAUGAUAGAUGGUCAUCAACAAAAAUCACCCACCAAUAGUGUUAGUGAAUCAUCUCACAUCAUAACGUCUACAACAGCAACAACCGCAGCUCAAACAGCAAAAAAUAAUAUUGAUAUCGGACGAGUAGGCAUCAUCAAUUUGGGUAAUACAUGUUAUGUGAAUUCAGUGUUACAAGCGCUCUAUCAUUGUGAUCAGUUUCGAAAAUUUAUAUGUGAAUAUCAUUUUGAUAAUCUACCAAUUCUAAGAGAGAUUCAAGUUAUCUUUUCCUCAUUAAAGUUAUCCAAACGACCGUACAUCAAUGUGGCUAAUAUUGUUAAUAUCGUACGUCCGCCAUGGUUUAAUCAUGAUCAACAAGAUUGUGUCGAAUUUUUAGGUUAUCUCCUUGAUUCUAUAAAAGAUGAACAGAAAAGAAGUGCCGUAGUCGAAGAAUCAAAUAGAAUAUUUUCGGGUAAAAACUCAAAGUACUCUACUGUUGAUUCUAUUUCAGCACCAAUAACGACAACAACAUCAUCGUCUAUUAGUCACACAGAAAUUAUAUUUGGUAUAAAAACUAUUCAAGUUAAUCGAUGUUUACGCUGUCAUGCCGAAUCACGUCAAGAAGAAUCGGCAAAUUAUCUGUUUUUACCUAUACCAUCAGUUGAGAGCAUCACCGCAACAACAUCAGAAACAGAUACUAUGAAUCGAAGUGAAAGAGAGUUGAAUCGAAAUUGCUCUAUAGGCUCUCCAUCGAUAAGACGUUUUGGUAGAUUUUAUUCAUUGAGUACACCAACACCACAGGUAUCACCAUCCUUCGCAGAUCAGGAAGAAGCCACAAUUGCAUCAACAGUGAAUGAAACAUUAAUCGCAGAAUUGCCACGAAAUGGCAAUUCAGCUAGCGAGGAUGUUGCACGACAAAUAGCUGCUACACUCGUGUCAGUCUGUAACCGUCAUUGUACGAUAUUUCUCUUGUUCAAAGAUAAAAUUCAUUCUGAUGGAAAACAAAAAUCAGCUGCGUCGUCCGUUACAUUCCAUUAUUCUAUUUCUCCGCCAACAUAUUCUUCGACUAUGACUACGAGUCUGGUUACACCACGUUUAAGUUUACAUCAAACAUUGAAUUCAAACGUAGAUAUCUCGUUAAAUCUACAAUAUGCAUUUGACUACUACUUUCAAAAGGAAGAACUCAAAGAAGAUAAUCAAUAUCGUUGUGUAAAAUGUCGAUCAUUGCAAGAUGCUGAAAGAUUUACGGUGUUGUUAAAUGCACCCGAAUAUUUAGUUUUGUCUCUAAAUCGAUUUGAAUAUGAUAAAACGACUAAUGUCUUUCGAAAAAUUUUUACAAAAAUGAGUUAUCCAAAAAUAUUGAAUGUUCAAUAUCAACCUUUAUCAGAGCAAUCAUCGUCAUCCGCUAAAUAUUGUCUUGUUUGUAUCAUUGUUCACACCGGUUAUACAUUGCAUGGUGGCCACUAUUAUUGUUAUGCAAGAGACUUAAAACCAACUUCUACCACUACUCCUACCAUAGAUCAAGAAGAUUACUUUGUAAAUGAUUGGUUUCUUCUAAACGAUGACACAGUUACAGCGUCGAGUUAUGAAGCACUGACCGAUAAUUGUACUCAGUACACAUCGGCUACACCAUAUGUCCUAUUUUAUAAACGAGUGGAUAAAAAGCGUAUACAAGAUAUGGAACAAAUUCAACAAAUACAAAUUCGAGAAAGUCUUAUGCAAAGAAUUUUAGAUGAUAAUAGUUUGUAUCAAAAGGAACAAGAGAAAGAAAAAGUAGUUAUUUGA